GCCACGUGUCUCCCGGCGCCUCGGCCCCUUCGCCAUUGGCGGCCCUCUCCUCCCCUCCCUCGCCUACCUUGUUCCCGUCUCCAAAAUAUCAAUAUUUAAUAAAAAUAUAAAAAAUUUGGAAAAAACGAUUUUUUGGUUCCUCUGUAAAAAGACCUCGAGAUCGGACCAAUGAGCUUUUAGAAACGGAGCUAUAAAUAAACCCUUUUCACCCUCUUCAUCGUUUUCGUCUUUUUUUACUUUUUUUUCUCGCUCGCUGUUUCCUCUCUCUCUCGCUACCCGACUCCCCGCUCCGCCAUAGCUCGCUGCAGGAUUCUAGGGUUUUCCUAAGGUUAGGGUUAGGGUUAGGGUUUUUGAGGCGAUUUCAUUGGGCGGAAGAGGAAGGAUCUUGCGUUCGUUCGCCUCGUUCUUGGAAGACGAUGCUGACGCUUUCGUCUCCUCCGCCGAAGAUCGCCGGAGCUCUUCCUGGCUUGUGGUUCUUGAUUCCCGGUAGUCCCGCUUCAUCUUCUUCGAGUUCUCGGCACGGCAUUUGCGUGGGCUCCUCGUUUCGAUCGAGUAGAUGGCGAUGCCCCUGUGGGAUCUUGAAGUGGAGGGAGAGGGCAAGGGCGGAGGCUGUGGUGAGAGGGAUUAAGGAAGGGAGGGGCUGGAGAAGCGUGGGGAGGAGAGCGCUCGUUGCGUCGGAUAAGGGGGCGGAGGAGGAGGUUGAUUCCAGGCCCUUUCUAAGGGCCCGAACUGGAGAAGAGCUACUUUCUCAUAUCAGAAGAGAAGUUGAAAAUGGACGGCUAUGUUCAGAUGUUGCUAAUGGGCUAGAAGAGCUCUAUUACAAUUACCAAAAUGCGGUUCUGCAGGGUGGUCAUCCCAAUGCUAAGGAGAUUAUACUUUCCAAUAUGGCUGUUGCAUUUGAGCGUAUUUUGUUCGAUAUAGAGGAUCCAUUUACCUUUUCACCUUAUCACAAAGCGAUAAGAGAACCAUUCGACUAUUACAUGUUUGGUCAAAAUUACAUUCGACCGUUGAUAGAUUUCAGAAAGUCUUAUGUUGGCAACAUUUCGCUUUUCUGUGAAAUAGAAGAAAAGCUCCGGCAGGGUCACAAUGUUGUUUUGAUGUCUAACCAUCAGUCAGAGGCAGAUCCAGCAGUCUUUGCUUUGUCGCUUGAACGAACCAAUCCACGAAUUGCUGAGACUAUAGUUUUUGUUGCUGGAGAUAGGGUUGUUAGUGAUCCACUUUGCAAGCCAUUCAGCAUGGGAAGAAAUCUUAUCUGUGUAUACUCAAAAAAGCAUAUGGAUGAUGUUCCCGAACUUACUGAGAUGAAAAGGAGAGCGAAUACUCGAAGUCUUAAGGACAUGGCUUUGCUUUUAAGGGGUGGGUCUCAAAUAAUAUGGAUUGCACCAAGUGGUGGAAGAGACCGUCCGGAUCCAGUGACAGGGGAAUGGUCUCCACAAGGUCAGGCUCCAUUUGAUUCAUCUUCAGUGGACAAUAUGAGAAGACUUGUAGAGCACUCUGGUGUUCCUGGGCAUAUAUAUCCACUCGCAUUAUUAUGUUACGAGGUCAUGCCUCCACCACCACAGGUUGAGAAACAAAUUGGUGAGCGAAGAACAAUCUCCUUCCAUGGAGUUGGCAUGUCGGUGGCUCCAGAAAUGAACUAUAAAGAUGUUACAUCUCAUUGUGAGAACCUUGAAGAGGCUAAGGAGGUUUUUUCACAGGCUUUGUACAAUUCAGUGACUGAGCAAUACAAUGUUCUCAAAUCUGCUAUUUAUGGCUGUCGAGGACUAGAAGCAUCUACAUCUGUUGUCUCCCUUUCACAACCAUGGCAAUAAAUUUUUCCAGGAGAUGUGUUUCUCGGGACAGCUAUUAUCAAGUCACAUAACGUUGCAAAUAUAUUAUUCUAGUUUCAACUCUUUUUGUGAAGGAACUAAGCAGGCUGUUACUAUCUUCAGCGGAAAGUUCCCAUUGUUUCCCCAAGGAAACAAUGUUUUUGUUUUCCUUACACUGCAUAUUUCUCCAAGGCAAGCUACUGUAGCGCAUCUGCUGGGUACGUACUUGCAAGUUUCUGCAGCCAUGAGUUCCGUUUCUACAACAAUUUCAAGCAGAUAUUUAACUUGUUUCAACCUGUUUGUAGAGGAUUAGGCUACGCCUUUCAGAAUGUGUGGUAACACUAUUAUGCUCAUCAUAUUCCUUCUGUACAGAUAUAAACGCCAAAGCUUGAGCAGUUGGUGUACAUCAUUUCGUUCUCGCACUGUUCUUUAUUGAUUUGAUAUUAGUUAGUGCAGAGCUCUUAUCAAACCCAUUAACGUCAUUAUUGAGUAUGUUAGUCUAUUCUUUUUCUUGUC